AUAUUUCUUGUACGAACUCCUCAAUUGAAGCUGUAGCCCGAACUUACUCAAAAUAUGAAUCUGGUAAUCUAUAGAACGACGAGUGCGUAGUACUUGACUAUUGUCUUGAGCGAAUAUCAAAAUGAAUUCCGGUGAAACAGUUACGAGACGUAAACAAAUUCCUUUGUUUGAAAGUGGAAAAGUGCCUUAUACACGCAGGGUGUAUUAUUCUGUGAAGGAAAAGGUUUCAAAAGAGACUGAAAAAGAUUCUGAUAUCAAAUUGCAAACUUUGAUUAAAGGAAAGGAUCAGAGAGACAUAAUUGAAGAUGGAGAUAAAUCACAGCCUGAUUGUGCUGUACAGUUUAGAGAGGAUAAGAAAGGAAAAAUUUCGAGAAUUAUAAAAUACCCAUAUCAGCAUUAUGACAUCAUUUUUGCCAUGUUUUCAAUUAUACUUUUCUUCUAUGAUGUUGUAUCAGACAUUAUUUUAUCAGCGCACUACUAUGCACUUGAUAGAUGGGUUGCAUUUGGGUUUACGACUGGGUUCAUCGUUGUACCAGCUCUCAUUUCAAAUGGUCAAAGUGCUCGAUGGUAUUUAGUUGAUCAUGAACAGGAACAGAAGAAACUUGCAAAGAAACCUAAAAUGAAAGUCACACCAACAUGGAUUUGGGUCCUUAGAGUCAUUUUUACCUUUCCAUUAAUGCUGGGCCCAGUUGUACGACACUCUGAAUACAUUUAUCAUGGCAUCAUGAGCAAGUCAGGCAGUAACAAGACAGAAAAGGAAAGAAAGAAAAAAUGGCACCAUUAUAAACAAAUGCUGUAUGAGGACACAGAUGCUGGCUUGGUUCGCAUGUUUGAAUGCUUUUUGGAGGCAGCACCCCAGCUUGUUCUUCAGCUUUUCAUCUUGUUCAGAGAAAUAAAAGACGAUGGGUUGGAUGGGAUUAAUGAUCUUGUAGAGCAUGGACACUUGAAAAUCAUCCGAGUGGUGGCUCUGGUCGGAUCCUGGACAGGACUCUCCUUCAGUUUGACCUCAUAUCACAAAGCACUGAGGGCCAUGCAGUACUCCGAGCUUCACGAAAAGUACAUCAGCAAAAAGGACCAGUCUACAAGCCAGGAUCCAAAAAAGCAGAGCUUUUUGGCCACUGCGAUGUUGACCUUGGGUUAUUUUUUUUGGAGAUUGUGCGAGAUUGGGCCAAGAGUGCUGAUUCUAGCACUGUUUGCCUCAGAAUUCACCUACUUUGUCCUUGUAGUGGCAGCUGUCCAUUGGAUCAUUAUGACCCUAUGGUUAGUUUGCCAGAAAACUAAUUUCUAUGGGGAGAAAAGGAGAGAUGAAGUCAUCUUUAAUAUCAUACUGGGAUAUGCCAUGAUUUUCUGCUUUUUGAAUGCUAGGGAUGGACACACAAGAUACAGGGCAAUUGUGUAUUACAUUCUUUUCUAUGCUGAAAAUUUUGGCAUGAUGGUGAUGUGGUUAUACAGUGUGGACCAAAAAGGAGACUGGCUUUAUUUUACAGCCAUUGGUGCUGUGGGUGGAGGUUGUGUACUACAUAUAACGUUUCAACUUAUUUAUUAUAAGACUUGUCACCCUAAGGCAUCUGAGAUCAAAUUCUUUCUUCACCCUACACAGCAGUACAACUGUUACCAGUCUGUUUGCCAUACUUUAGAAGAAGAGGACCAGAACAUCCAGCUAACAUCAGUUAAUGCAUUAUGUAAGCACCAGGAAAUAGCCUAGACAGUCAGCUCAGUACGCAAGUUCUGAGUUGCCUCCCUUUAGAACACUAGCUCUCGCACUCCAUAUGGCACAAAUAGAAUUUGUUUUCUAAUGAGGCGGGAAAAAUGCCUAUCACUAUAUAUGUAAUCGUAUACAAUAAGUUUCUUAUACACAGUUUUAUCUCCUGAAUUUGAUACAUAAACCAAUAAUCAGUAUUCAGUGAGUAAAAAAUUACAGGAUAUACUAAGAUAUGGUUAUCAUAUUACACUAUUUCAUUUCUCGUAAAUAUUCAGCAGAACUGUAGCUCUGUGAAAAAAAAUUGGGAUAGACCAGAUUUUCUCCUUGGAGAGGUACAGUUUUGCAGUUAGUUUGUGUUAUAACUAGGAUAUUACAUGUACAUACAUGUAUUAACAAAUAUGACAUUGUUUUGGUUUUCUUUUUAGUAAAACAUUUCUUUCAUUAGUAUUAUAUAUUUCCUACAGUUAUCCAUUUAGAUAUGUUUUUUAUCGACUUCCUAACUGACCGUAAGUCUAGCAGAGUUACUAGAAUAUCACCAAAUGCACCUCCGACAAUGAAGAGCUCUUAUCUCAAAACUUGCGUAUUGAACUUGCAAUAGUAUCAGAGGCUGAACUCUUAACACUGGUAUGUCAUAUACUUCAGUAAUCAUUGAAAGUGUAAGGAACUUGCAAAAAUGAUGCCAUAUUUUCAACAACACAUUUAAAAGUUUCCAAUGGCAUUAACUACUUUUUAUGUAGCAUACAUGUAUAUACAAACACAUUGCCAAAAGUCCUAUAGAUAAAAUGGUGCCUAUAUUUUUGUGUUCAAGAUAAAAGAUGUUUCUAAAUGCAAUCCUGAAAUUUUAUGUGUAACCUUUGACAGGUUUUAAGGGUUAAAUGUCCAGAAAUUUUUCUUUUUCUGUUUAGUCCACGGGUACAAAACUCUGCAGUUCUGUGUGCAAUUCUAUAAUAUUUAUUUAAUUUGUUACCUUUGAAUAGUCCCCUGAUAUAAAAUGCUGUUGAAUAUUCAAUAUUCAUGACAGCAGAUAAAGCAGAAAUCAGUACCUCACUGAAAGAAAGUACUUGUACACUAUUGACUAAUGAUUCUCAUUUUGUAUUCUUCUCCUUUUGGAGAUUUGAUGGGAGAUGGGGAUAUAUUUAUUUUGUUCUUUUUCUUGUUUUUUUUUUUAAAUUUACCUUUUUACAGUGUUACUACUAGUCUAUAACACAAAAUGUAAUUCAUGAUGAAUACACAUUUACGGCUUUCAGAUCACAUGAGCAGGAUGAAAGUGAGUGAGGUUUUUUUUAAAAUAAAAAUUUGUCUGGCAUCUGUUUGUCAUCUGCCUGUCCAUGAACUCUCAUUACAUUUUUUUCUAGAACCACCAGGUCUCUUUCAAUCGAAUUCAGCACAAUGGAGUAAACAGAAUUUCACUUUAUUGUAAUGCUGUUUUAUUCCAAUUUCAAUUUACAUCUAGAUUAAAAUGAGAUCUUUGAUCUGCUCCCAAUUCUUAUUUGUAACUGUCUUGUAUAGUGAAGAAAAGUGGAUCAAGUUAGACUGAGAGGGAGAUAAUUAAGUUCUAGUACUAAUUAAAGAAAGAAGCUAGAGGGAGAGAAUUCUUAAAUACUGUACAUGUAACCUGGGGUCAAAUGGGGGACACAUAAUUCUCAAGAAGAAGGCUAGAAUUUGUAUUUAGACCUAAUACAAUAUAUUGGGUAUGCAAACAUCUUAUAUACGUGGUAUAGAUUCAUUUUUUAUGACCAUAACACCAAGCCCACAAUAUAGUAUAUGGAGAGGCAGUUAUACUAAAUGUUGGAAAAAAAGAUGAAUAGAAAAAACCCACCUUUUCCCUUGAGAACCAGAAGGGAGUGUCAUUUCAUUAACAUACAUACAUAUACUAGUAGGUAUGUUUCAUUGAUAGAGUUCAUUUCUCCAACUGUGAUCUCUUUGGAAGAGGGGUUGGGCACAAUAGAUGUGAACACACAAAAAAAGUAUUUGAAAAUAUAUAGAUCUAGGAAAUAUUCUUAUGAAGAGGUUUCAGUUUGUGGAUAUAUUUUGCAGCAUUCUCACAAAGUUGUCCAAAUACAAGUUCUAUUAUAGUGUAAGACUACAGUAUGGGUCUAAAGUUGACAAUUAAGAUCCAUGCAUUUGGGUAGGAGCUAGGUGUUUCAGGUGAGUGUUGUGGUCCAUUAGACCUUGUUAUACAUAUAUUUAUCAUAUAUAUAAGUAGACUAGUAAAUAUUAAACUGUAAACACUUUGUUACUGAUAUACAUCUCUUGAACUAAUAUUUUGAUUAUAUGUAUGGUGUAUUUUAUAAUUAUGAAUAAUAAUGUUCUUCUAAUGUACAUUCAUGUACCAUUAAAGGUAAAUAUAUAUGCAUUUUUUUUAAAUGUGCAACUAACUUUUAACAUGUGGAUAAAUUUGCACAAAUUAUUUGUAAAAAAAAAUAAAAAAAAAAUACAUGUAUAUGAUAUUCAUACAAGUGUAGAACAUGUACAUUUACAUGAAUGACAAAUGUUAGAUUCCCUGUACUACUUGAACAGAUGUUUAUUGUUAAUUUUGUUCAUAAUUUUCCAUGUUCUUGGACCAAAAUAUUGUAUUGUUUGUGUUCAAUUAUACAUGUUUUUUGAAGUAAUCAAGUUAUUGGCAUGACCAUGCAUGGAUGUUUUACUGAUGUCUUUUGUACAUAAUUUCAAUGGUAUACCCGGUACCCAGCUGGAUAUUUUUUGGAGAAUCUUUUUCCACUGCCUUUAAUGUAUUUUCUCAGUCCGAUUUUGUCUCUCUAAUUAAUAAUGUUCUAUGCAUGCUAUGUCCUUCAAUAAUGCUAAAUGUGGCAUUGUAUGGUUAAUACAUGCUUUUGUGUGCCUUGAAUUGAAUAUUGCUUAUCAUGCUUAAAUAUACAUAUGCUAUAUAUUGCCUUUACUGUGGAAUCAAAAGAAGAAAAGAAAGGGGAGAGUGGGAAGAGAGAUAAGAAAGAGGAGGGAGGUGGAUCCACUCCAUUACUGUUAGUAUGGUAUUGUGAAAGUGUUAAUCAAAACUUAAAAAUCAGACAAAAAUUGAACUGUUGAAGUACAUGUAUAAUCAUUCAUAAAGCUUGAAAUUUAUUUUCACAGAAUAUGGCAGAUAGGAAGAUUUAGUCUGCAAUUGUUUUUGCACAUUAUCGUGGAAUGAGGGUUUGAGAAAGAAAUUCAAUGCUUACCUUUUCAAGUAGUCUUCUUUUGAAUACAUUGUAGUAAUCACAUUGUAAUCCCAUUAAGACUUGCAAUUCUGUUCAAUUUGUACAGCUGUGUAAAACUGUUAUAUUUAUAGUAAUUUGAAGAUGUAGUCUUGUGUUUUGUUCACAUACACAUAUACAUGCAUCAUCAAGUGAGUUUUAGGAAGUCCAAAGGAGCAGUCAAUUUAAACACGCUCACUUGAUGUUACACGUAUUUAAAAUAAUACACAUACCUGAAAAAUGUCGUAUAUCAGGUAUGGGAAUUUUUUUUUUUUUUUACAUUCGAUAAGAACCGUUUGUAAUGUCAAGUGUCCUUGAUGUUGAAGUGUUUUUUUGUACAGCUGUCAUGUUGCAGUUCUAUGUAAACAAUAUGCAUGCUUAGCAAACAGCCACUACAGCAAAAGUGAAAUAUACAUCUAUUUCUAUGAUAUGAAAUCCAUUCACUUUCACAUGAUCUUUCCAUAAAAAGUCCAGUUUUUGAAGUGCUGCUUUGCUUGCUGUGGUAACUUUACCUUGUCCUGUUGUUGGUUUGUGCUGUAUACAAUAAUGGUGCACAAGCUCUUGUUGGUUGUUGUAAUAUCUCAGGACUUGUUUGAUACAUUGCAUGACUGUUAGGUGCAACAUGUAUUUUCAACCAAAAUUUCCAAAUAAAGUUAUGAAAUUGA